GUGGAAGCGUUAACACUUUAUAUUUCCGUCUCCGCACUGCAGAAGCAGUACUUCUCGAUGGGGAACGAAAAGAAGCACACGCAUUUUGAUUGCCUUCUUUUUGAUCUGGAUGAUACUUUGUAUCCUUUCAGCCUCGGUAUCGCAGAAGCAUGCAGGCAAAAUAUCGAAGAAUACAUGGUGGAUAAACUUGGCAUUGAUAAGAGUAUUGCAACUGAUUUGGGCCAGACUUUGUACAGAUGCCAUGGAACUACAAUGGCUGGACUAAGGGCAACAGGCUAUAACUUUGAUUACGAUGACUUUCACAAUUACGUACACGGCAGGCUACCUUAUGAUCUUUUGAAGCCCAAUCCCGAGUUACGAGAGAUGCUUCUGAGCAUGCCGCAACGCAAAUAUGUCUUCACUAACGCGGACAAGAAUCAUGCGUCUAAAGCUCUACACCGAAUGGGCUUAGAAGACUGUUUUGACACCGUCAUAUGUUUUGAAACAAUCAUGGGUCACGAGGGGACGGAUAUGAUAAAGAAAGCAACAGGCAAAGAUAAGCGCGUUGGGAGGCAGAGCUUGAAAAUGGUCGAAAGCUCGACCAGCGUGGCUGUGGUCUGUAAACCCGAAGCAAACAACACGGUGGCCGCGAUUAUCUGCAAGCCAUCGCCAGAGGCUAUGAAACGAGCUGUUGAGAUCAUCAACGUGGACGCUAAACGAGCUCUAUUCUUUGAUGAUUCCCCGCGAAACAUUGCAGCAGGAAAAGCUGUGGGUCUUCAUACUGUGCUGGUAAGAAAACUUCUUUCCUUUCAUUCUGGCUCGAGAUAUCUGGCUCUCGACUUAUCUCGAGCGUUACCUCAGGUUGGCAAUGUCACCAAGUGUGAAGGAGCAGACUACGCCAUUGCGAACAUCGUUGAAGCAAGGAAAGAGGUUCCAAUCAUCUGGGACUGACUCGCCCUGCUAUGAAUUCACAGUCUCGAGACUCACAGGAAAACUGUUACAAACUGCAACAGCGUCCCUGUCACGGUCU